UCUCCGCAGCAAUAAUGGUUUCUGCAAAACAGCUAGCAGACUUUGGCUAUAAAGCUUUUUCCAGUUCAAUGAUUCUCCUUACGCUGUAUGGUGGCUACCUCUGUAGCGUCAGAACAUACCGUUAUUUUCAGCGCAAGAGUCUCCUGAAGCAACUGGAACAGGAGCAGGGACAUGCAGAAGCCAUCAAGGACUGA